UACAUUUGGAGGUUUUGUCAUGACACUAGUUCUGUCGCUUCAGAUUCUCUCAGAUCUGAUGGCAACCUGGAACCCUUCAGAUGAAGCUCGAGAACUCUACAGUCUCCUGAGUCAGCCGCACCUACAGGCUCUUCUCUCGGCUCAUGACACUGUGGGUCUCGGAGACUACGAACCAGAACACAUAUUGGGGAACAUAUUAUUUGACACAGCUGUUGUUCUGUUAAGGAUCAGAAAUCUGGGGUCAGAGGUCAGUCUGAUCGAGGACCUGAUGGAUCCUUGUGUUCAACACGGAGAGCAUGGAAUCAUGUUUACCACACUGAAGGCGUGCUACUAUCAGAUCCAGCACGAGAAGGUCACAUAAUACACAUAAUCUCUCCAAAACCAUCUGACUUACAAACACCCCAGCCAAUCACAGCGGGGUGGCGAACCGGCCGUGUUCAGCGUCCAGAUCACGUGUCCUGAGGGGGGUGAUGCUAUUGGCUGAGCUCUCAUCAUCACAGAAAAGGCUCCGGUUCAUGUGCAAGGGCUGUGGAUUUGAGUUUUAUUUCUAUUCUGUGUUUCAAACGAAUCUGUUUCUUGUGAUGUUUUCAUGUCUUCUUCAUUCACUUUAUUGAGUUUUUUUAAAAUGCUUUCAUUACAUCGCUGUAUUAAACGAUUCAGUGUUUUUUUAUUUAAGAGCAGAUGCCAUUCUGAUGUUGAACGUUUAUGUGUGAAGUUGAUUUGUAAUGUUCUGUAAGCCAUCUACCUCCGUCUUCACAGUAAACCACUACACUAAACAACUUUUCU